UCUAGCUGAUUAUAUCCCUCCGAGUCAAAGAGGCACAUACUGAGUAGCGGAGAGUGUUAUGAGCAUUUGGAGUUAAGCUCCCAGUAGACUCAGUAGGAAGAGAGCGCUACAAUGGGCCCGGUUGUGCUCCUGGUGCUCUGUCUCUCCUGUUUGCUUCUCCUGUCGCUGUGGAUACAGAGCUCUGGAAGAAGGAAACUUCCACCUGGCCCUACUCCUCUCCCAAUUAUUGGAAACUUACUCCAGCUAGAUGUGAAGAACAUCAGCAAGUCCUUAAGCAAUCUCUCAAAAGUCUACGGCCCGGUGUUCACUGUGUACUUUGCCAGGAAGCCCAUGGUGGUGCUGCAUGGAUAUGAGGCCGUGAAGGAAGCCCUGAUCGACCGGGGCAAGGAGUUUGCUGGAAGAGGCAGUUUCCCAGUGUUUGAGAAAGUUAACCAAGGGUUUGGAAUCCUUUUCAGCAAUGGAAAGAGAUGGAAGGAGAUCCGGCGCUUCUCCCUCAUGACCCUGCGGAAUCUGGGCAUGGGGAAGACGAACAUAGAGGACCGUGUUCAAGAGGAAGCCCGCUGCCUGGUGGAGGAGUUGAGGAAAACCAAUGCGUCACCCUGUGAUCCCACUUUUAUCCUGGGCUGUGCUCCCUGCAAUGUGAUCUGCUCCAUUAUCUUCCAGAAGCGUUUUGAUUAUAAAGAUAAAGUUUUUCUGGACAUAAUGGAAAGGCUUAAUGAAAGUGUCAAGAUUCUGAGCUCUCCAUGGAUUCAGGUGAGAAGCAAUUUCCCUACCCUGUUGGAGUGGAUCCCUGGCACCAAGCUGGGCCGCCUGGUUAAGGACAUGAAAAUCAAGGUCCUAGAGGAAAUCUACCAGUUCUCCUUGCCCAUCAAGGAGUCGGAGAUCAUUGACGUUUUCUUGGGGGCGUCCCUCAAGGACGAACACAAUCCGCACGGGGAGUUUACUAUUGACAACUUGACAAUCACCGUGUCUGAUUUCUUUGAAGCUGGGACAGAGACGACAAGUACCACCCUGAGAUAUGCUCUCCUGCUCCUGCUCAAGCACCCGGAGGUCUCAGCUAAAGUCCAGGAAGAGAUUGACCACGUCAUUGGCAGAGAGAGGAGCCCCUGCAUGCAGGACAGGAGCCACAUGCCCUACACGGAUGCCAUGGUGCACGAGGUCCAGAGAUACCUUAACCUCCUCCCCAACCUGCCCCAUGCAGUGACCUGUGAUGUUAAAUUCAGAAAUUACCUCAUCCCCAAGGUAAGAUGUGUUUCACCCACACUGACCUCAGUGGUCUUGGAGGUCCCAUUUUCACAGUAUGGUGUUCAUCUUCUACCAACACAAGAUGAGAGACGGGUAGAAACCACACUGUGGCAGCUUGAGGGACUCUAGUGUUUCCAGUAGAGA